UAGAUACACGGGUUUAAUUGUAAAUGGUGUUCGGUAUCAAAUUGAUGACGUAGAUAGUAAAUGGAGUACUCAGAAUAGUGGUGUGGCUGUCCAGGGGGGACGUAAUGGGAAGAUUAUAGAUUUUUAAGGUGCGGUGGUAGACAUUUUGCGCAUUCAAUUCUACAACAACUUGAAUGUAUAUUUAUUCAAGUGUGAUUGGUGGGAUGUAGGAGAUACGAGGAAUGAGAUCAGAUCUGAUGGUUUCCUAACUAGUGUGAACAUAGGGAAGAGGUGGUACCAAAAUGAGCCCUAUGUAUUAGCUAACCAAGUAAGACAAUUUUUUUAUAUAGGGGAUACAAAAAACAGAGGUACAUGGCGUAUAGUCAAUAAUGUCUGUCCUAGGCAUAUAUAUGACGUUCCAGAAAGGGGGGAUGGGGAAGAGGUUGAUCCAGUUUACAGUCAUGACCCUUACCAGGACAAUUCAAACACGGAGGCGGUUGAAAUUCCAUCAGAAAAUAUCGAUGACCAGCAGCUUAGUAGUGUUGUUGGCUAUCUAGUGACCCUAACUGCUAGCUAGGAAGAAGGUGGUUCCUAAAGAUGCAGAAUCAGAGGAUGCGGAUGAUGAGGAGCUAGAGUACUUAAGUGAAUGUUCUUAGGAGAAUGACAGGAAUGACGAUGAAGAUGAUAUGGAGAAUGAUGACUAGAACCGAGUUUUUUGAAUUUUUCUGUCCUUAUACUAGACUAUAAUUUUGAAUUCUAUGCUUCCAAUGAAAUUUGUGUAACGGUUUGCUGAUAGUUUGUCAUUUAUAUGUUAUGGAUUCUGGUUUGUCACAUUGAAACCUUUCCUAACGAUUCAUACCGAGCCAUACAUUUAUAGCUUGAGGAGUGGAAGCCUCAUUGUGGUUUUAUAAUAGUCUUGUAUUUGUUUUUGCAGAUAUGGCUCCUGGUAUGCCUCGUGGUAACAAACGAAAGCGGGAUGCAGCCAACCAAUCAAUCCCUGUAAGAGUGACAAGAUCGACAGCAUUUGCUGGAGGACUGGAGCCCGUUCGAGAACCGCUUCGGUAGUCGAGGAAUAGAACCCACAAUGACAGGAUCUAAGAAGAUUGUUGGGGUGAAUGAGAAGUUGUUUAAGAUGGAGGUGAGAGUUAUAUGUAAAAUGAUGGCUCCCAUUGGGAAGUACUACUGGAAACAUGUCACUGAAGAGGAUAAGAAACCCAUUUUCCAGAAGUUACAGAAUGAGUUUGAUAUCUCCAUCACUAGUGCAGCUACAAGGAAGACCAUUGACUUUACCUUAUCAAGGAGGUUCACGUCUUGGAAGCAUCUAUGUCAUAUGCACUACCAGAAAUUAGGUCCUGCCAAAGCUCGCCAGACUACACCCGAAAACAUCAACAUUGAUGAUUGGACUUGUUUGUGUGAUCAUUUUGAAAGUGCUGAAUUCAAGCGGCAGAGUGUAGCCGACAAACAAAACAAGGGUAAGCAAACAUAUGCUCAUACUACUGGUGGAAAGUCGUGCAGCCAGCGGAUGUUCGAAAUUGAAAAAGCAAACCAUGCAGCUACUGAUGCCACUACUGAAAACAAUGAUGAUUCUGGGGAGGUGGAGAAUAGCAGUCAACCAUCUGCUGCAGUGGAGGAAGAGCCCAAAGAACUAAGGGUCUAUGCAGGCACCCACAAGAAACUUGAUGGCAGUUGGGUGAAUGUGCAACCUGAGCAUAACUAUAAAGCACCGAGUGAUGUUAGAAAGGCAUACCUCAUUUCCGAAAGAGAGAAGGAACUGGAAGCUCGUUUGGAGACCUCUCUUGCUGAUGCAGAUAAACAGAGGCAAGAAUUCGAAGAUAAAAUCAAAUCUCAGCAAGACCAGAUAGAAAAACAGGAAGAAGAGAUCCGAGGUCAUAAGGUGUCUAUCGAUGCCUUUCAAGCAUCACAGGACAGUCUCAAGGAGUAUGUGGAGUCACUUGCUGCGAAAAUCAAUGGAGGCAACACUUAGUUUCAGGUAAUAAGAAAGAUGUUUUUAC